GACGAGAAAAAAAACCGUGAGGAGAGUGUGUGUGUAGCGAGCACGAGAGGGGUAUGAAAGUGCUUGCUCCAUGGGUAGUUGCUGGUUGGGCAGAUUGGGUUGUUUUGGUCUCCGGUUCGUCGGAAUUUUGGAGGUUAGAAUCGUUCCGAGUUCAGAAAUCGCGGUAAAAAGUGAGUUUCGGGAUUCUUAAUUCGGUGCACAAUAGGAACAAGCUGUUGUUGACGGAUUUCUCGUGCGGAAUUUUUAUUCGUCUCGACCUGUUUGAAUCUUUUCGGUGAUCGGUAUUUUGCAUUUCCGGCACCCAGCGCUUUCUGUAAAACCAUGGACGGAUUCACGAUUCCGAUCACACAGGGAUGGUUUCAUCAGAACAGCAUCGUUUCCACGCCAGACAACGGAGUGCUGUACUGUGGAAAACUUGAAAUGUGCUACAUAGCACCUUUAGAAUCGACCGAUGAGCUGCCGAAAGUUAAAAUCAUUGGCAACGAGAGCGCAAUAAAAUGUUUCGCUUGUGCUCCAGAGUGGAACGAGAAACGCAUCUAUGCUAUCAUGGACACAAAGAAUCGUGUGGUCGUGUGGGAUCUUGAUUCGGCGACUCCCAUCCAAGGUCACCGAGCCCAUCCUGGGCCACCGAAAGAGCUUACCAAACCCCAGCAGAAAGAGGUCACAUCCGCUCUGUGCUUCUCCACGAACAAUCAGCUGCUGUCGUGUGAUCGCGGAGCGCUUGUGAUAUACAGUUUGCUGCUAAACCGCUUUAAGGUGCAUUUAAACUUCUUCCGUCGAAAGGAUGUAGUCGUUGCGCUGUCCCGCGUCCCAGGGAAACCCGAUAUGUUUGUGGCCGGCAUGCGCGAUGGUUUGGUACAGAUAUUCUCCAUCAAAACUUUGUCGAUAGUGCAUUCCCUCCGAGCACACGAUCGCGAGAUUGUAUCAAUUGAUCUAAUGAUGGUUACGGUGGAAGGCGAUAAAAAACCAACGGAGACAGUUGCAAAGGGUAGCAAACCCACAACGGCUGAGAAGGAACGUCCCAAAAAGCAGGCACGCAAAAAGCCGGUCCCCGAAUCGGAUACGUCCGAUUUUCUCGAUAUUUACGAUUUCAACGAUAGUCAAGAAGAAUUCGGCACAAUAAUCGAUCGGGAAUCGAAUGAUUUGGCACGCGAAAAGUUUCACGAGAAGACAAAAUCAGUUGAGGGUUUUAACUUUCUCGAGGCCUGCCAGAAUCUCAAGGAAGAUAUUAUGGAAGCGGCCGCUCGUCGGGAUGAUGAAGAUGAUGAUGACGAUGAACGAGUUUCUGGCGAAGAGUUAAACACGGACGACGAAAAUGAGCUAGAUGAUUGUGAAAAGUUAAGAGAUUAUGUUGUUGUCGAUAGUGAGGAAGAAGAGCUGGAAGCAGGAGUGGCAGAAGAAGACGAAGCCGUCGAGCGCAAGCUGAUCUUAGUCACGGGAAGCCGUGAGAAUGUCAUUUGGUUCUGGGAUUUUGAAACUGGUUUACCCAUCGAUAAAGUCAUACUGCAGAGCGAUGUAUCAAAACGUCUUUGUAACACGACAUUCAUCAAUGCAGUUUGGCUAGAUGAAAACCACAUUGUUGCUAACAAUGCUGCUGGUCAAGUGUUUGAGAGCAAAAUCCAAUUUGUCCGCAAGCAGAACAAGUUGGGAAUGCUUUCAUCAUUGAGCCUCGCACCGUAUCCGGUUGAGAAGAUUUAUCAUGUAAUUAGAGGGAAUGAAGGCAGAUAUAUUUGGUGCUCUUCAAUCAACAGAAAGUUGACCUGUGUUCACGUAGCAGAGGAUGGCAAACCGACAGUGGUUCGAGAGUACUCUUGCAUGAUUCCAACAAACCGAUUCUUAGUGGAGCAUCCCCUUGAGCCAAUGGUCAUAGCCAUUGCGACAUCUGCGCCAAGAAUAGAGAUCAUCAAUCUCUUAACUCUGAAGCCUGAUAGCGUUCAAUUAAAACAUUUCAUCAAUAAAAUUGGCGGUAUUGUUAUGACGUUGGCCUGGCAUCCAGAGCAAGAGGAAAAACUUGCCUUUGCAACAAAUGAAGGACGUAUUGGGUUGCUGGAUACCACGAACCCGAACAAUGUGCCAGUAUUGCUGAAAUCAUUUACAAACAAAGAUAUUUACGCGAUGUGCUGGUGCUACUUAACAGACGAGAAGGGCCAGCGACGAAUGGUCUUGCUUGCAUGUAGCAAAUCCGAUCUAGCGUACUACUAUGUUACGGGUCAGAGUAAGCAUGUGCCAAAUAUGUGCACACAAUUUGGGAAAGUCGCACACGUGUCUACGGCGUGCAACCUGUGCUUCGUGGGAACACAAGAUGGGCACGUUUAUGUGGCUGAUCUGGAUCACAAUUUGAAUCCGUUGUAUCACCGGUGCGUAGUGAAACGGUACAUCACCUCCCUAGAGUACAAAAACAAGCGCUUGGCUGUAGGCGAUGGCAAAGGUCAUAUAGUGUUGAUCAACUUCAAGGACGGAUAUGAAGAUACCGAUGAAAAAAACAUUACACCUUUAGAGGGCCAUGAUGGACCGAUUACCGGAAUUAGGUGGAGUCGCGGGGAAAAGAUGCAUCUGGUUAGUACCUGUUACGAUGGAACUAUUCGCAUCUGGGAUGCAGAAUCCGCCACGUGCCUAAAGAUUGUCGCCACAGGAAGUAUUGUGAAUAGUGCAGCGUUUUCUUCGCUUGAUGAAAAUAUUAUUAUGUACGUUGGAGUUGGUCAUUCAUUGUCUUGCUUCGAUUAUACAAAAGAACAUUCUAAACUAUCGAAGCCCACCAUCCAGUAUGCUAGCGCAAACCAGAUCGAGGAAGGAAACGACUCAUCAAAGGCUGACGCUGUGUUAGAAGCAGAUGACAAAAUGAAGACUAACAAGCGUUCCAAAUCCAUGACGAAGAAUACUGAUUCCGCUGCUAUUGACGAGCUAGUCGACAAAGUAGCACAAGUCGUGAUAAAUGGUCGGAAAGCCGCCAAGCCCGAAAGUACACCAUUCACACUCACACAUCGCGAAGCUACUAGAAUGGAUGCUGUAUUGGACUGCAUCGUGAAAUUACUGAACAGGGUAGACGUUGAACCAGAGGAUCCAACGGAAAAGGAAUCGCAGAGUGACGGAAGCGACCAGGAUACGGACAGCAAUGAAUCUAUCGCGAAUAACAGCCAAAAUGAAUCCGGCACCAAAAAUGAAGCUCCGUCCGAAGAAGACGCUCAAUUUUAUAAUGAAAAACUUUUUUCAACUGAAGCCAAACUGCAGCAGCUUAUUGAGGAAGAAAGCCAUCACGCAGAGCAACUGCAGAAACCGUUGGAAAAUUUUGUACUGCUGCCACAACUCCUGUAUAAUUUGAAAGACAAAAUUCUAGACUGUAUAAGCAAGAAGAAAUUAACUGCCGACCUGCUUGCCUUAACGCCAUAUGUUUCGCACGUGUUCUGGCGUCAGUGUUGUAAAGCGUAUGCUUACCAGCUGAUAGAAUCCAACAAGUCCAUGGCGUCUAUACCAUAUUUCCUGGCGAGUUUCGAGAUCGAUGAAUUGCUUGAGCUACUUUGUGAAAAGAAGCAUUUCCGGGAGGCAUGGGCUAUUUGUCGGUUGCAGACACUACCUGAUGAUCCGUGGCAUGGAAAAAUUGGAUCCGCUUGGGCUAGUUAUCUAGAAUCAAAUGGCAAUCUGGAACCCGCUGCAUUGGUGUGGACCGGUAUUAAAAGGUACGAGGAUGCCUUACGAGCUCUGUCUAAGCGCAAAGAACAGAGUAAAGAGAUCAUGCAAACGAUUGACGCAUUGAAGGCAAAAAUACUCGAUACAAAACCGGAACCGGAAUCGGAACCAGAGAAAAAGUGAAA